CAUAAAAUUUAGCGGCGAGGGGCGAGGGCGAUUGGGAGCUCAAAAUAAUGGAGCCGGUUGGCCAUUGGGGAGACACGCCGGAUUUGUUUAAUCCCCUGGCCGCUGGCCCUAAUCCCCCGCCCCUUCUUAUAAGCAAUGCUGGGCGUUGCACCCCGUCCUCACCGCGCCGAUCAUCAGCUAGCUUGGCCUGCUAACAGCGACACGGCAGCAGGCGAGGCCGGAAAUAUAAUCACCGUGCUCGAUCGAUCGGUUGAUCUCACCGGCCGGCGGUGAUCUCUCGAUCAGAUUCAGAGAGAGAGCUUGGAGAUGACAGGGUUCGGGUCGCCGUGCGGCGCGUGCAAGUUCCUGCGGCGCAAGUGCGUGCGCGGGUGCGUCUUCGCGCCCUACUUCUGCCACGAGCAGGGCGCGGCGCACUUCGCCGCCAUCCACAAGGUGUUCGGCGCCAGCAACGUGUCCAAGCUCCUCGCGCACCUGCCGCUCGCCGACCGCCCCGAGGCCGCCGUCACCAUCUCCUACGAGGCGCAGGCGCGGCUGCGCGACCCCAUCUACGGCUGCGUCGCCCACAUCUUCGCGCUCCAGCAGCAGGUGAUGACGCUGCAGGCGCAGCUGGCGUCGCUCAAGGCGCAGGCGGCGCAGGGGCAGGGCGUGCACGAGGACGCCAAGGGCUACAUGGGCAGCGCGGCGGAGCAGCUAGGGUACGGCUACCCCUGGUGCAGCAGCAAUGGAGGCGCGGGCGCCGUGGGCGCGCCGCCGGCCGCGCAGCCGAGCGCGUACGGCAAUGGCCGCCACGAGUCCCUGACCGCGUUGCUGGGGUCGGACUACAUGCAGCAGUCGCUGUACCACGCGUUCGAGCAGGCCGGCGCGGCCGACGACGACGGCCGGCAGGCGGCCGCCUUCGAGGCUGCGGCGGACUCGUCGUCGUUCGGGGCGGAGGAGAGCGGGUGGAGGUCGUCGUCGGGGUACCAAGACUGCGAGGACCUGCAGAGCGUGGCUUACGCUUACCUGAACCAUCGCUCGUAAGAACUGAGAACUACUAGCGCAGAAAAUAUAUCACAAGAGAUAUAUAGAUAUAUAUCUGUUCUCAAUUCCUCACCAUGUUUUGGACUUGAGCUUGGGUAAUAUAUGUGCGAUUUUCGAUCGAUUCGAGACCGAUCGAUCUCUGCUAGAAAUAA